AUGCCUAAAUUUAAUCUGUCAGGGACACUGCCUAAAGGACCAAAUUUGGACCUAAACACAGAUCUGAAGUCACCAGAUCUCAAUCUAAAAGCUCCAAAGAUAAAGGGUGGAAUUGAUGCACCUGAUAUGGACUUACCAGACGUGGAUCUGAAAGCUCCCAAAUUAGAUAUGGACACUCCAGAUGUCAACAUUGGCUCACCAAAAGGGAAGCUGAAAUUCCCCAAAAUGAAAAUGCCUAAAUUCAACCUUCCAAGCCUUAAAGGUCCUGAAAUUGAUGGCAACUUGGAAGGUCCAAACAUAAAUACACCCAAUGUCAACCUCAAAGGUCCUAAAGCGGAUCUUGAUCUAGAUAUUUCUGGUCCAUCUGGCAAGUUUAAAAAGCCAAACCUGAAUCUGCCUGAUUUAGGUCUUUCUGGUCCAAAGUUAGAAGGCCCUAACUUGGACCUUAAAACACCUGACCUAGAUAUCUCUGGUCCCAAUUUCAGUGGUGGAAUAAAUGCACCUGACAUAAACAUGCCAAACAUUGACCUCAAAGCCCCAAAGCUGAAAAUGGAUAAACCAAAUGCCAACUGGGACUUGCCAUCGGGUAAAGUUAAAAUGCCAAAACUUGAUGGUCCAGAUUGGGAUGUUAAUGCUCCUUCUGGGAAAUUAAAGCCUAAAUUUAAUCUGUCAGGGACACUGCCUAAAGGACCAAAUUUGGACCUAAACACAGAUCUGAAGCCACCAGAUCUCAAUCUAAAAGCUCCAAAGAUAAAGGGUGGAAUUGAUGCACCUGAUAUGGACUUACCAGACGUGGAUCUUAAAGCUCCCAAAUUAGAUAUGAACCCUCCAGAUGUCAACAUUGGCUCGCCAAAAGGGAAGCUGAAAUUCCCCAAAAUGAAAAUGCCUAAAUUCAACCUUCCAAGCCUUAAAGGUCCUGAAAUUGAUGGCAACUUGGAAGGUCCAAACAUAAAUACACCCAAUGUCAACCUCAAAGGUCCUAAAGCGGAUCUUGAUCUAGAUAUUUCUGGUCCAUCUGGCAAGUUUAAAAAGCCAAACCUGAAUCUGCCUGAUUUAGGUCUUUCUGGUCCAAAGUUAGAAGGCCCUAACUUGGACCUUAAAACACCUGACUUAGAUAUCUCUGGUCCCAAUUUCAGUGGUGGAAUAAAUGCACCUGACAUAAACAUGCCAAACAUUGACCUCAAAGCCCCAAAGCUGAAAAUGGAUAAACCAAAUGCCAACUGGGACUUGCCAUCGGGUAAAGUUAAAAUGCCAAAACUUGAUGGUCCAGAUUGGGGUGUUAAUGCUCCUUCUGGGAAAUUAAAAAUGCCUAAAUUUAAUCUGUCAGGGACACUGCCUAAAGGACCAAAUUUGGACCUAAACACAGAUCUGAAGUCACCAGAUCUCAAUCUAAAAGCUCCAAAGAUAAAGGGUGGAAUUGAUGCACCUGAUAUGGACUUACCAGACGUGGAUCUUAAAGCUCCCAAAUUAGAUAUGAACACUCCAGAUGUCAACAUUGGCUCGCCAAAAGGGAAGCUGAAAUUCCCCAAAAUGAAAAUGCCUAAAUUCAACCUUCCAAGCCUUAAAGGUCCUGAAAUUGAUGGCAACUUGGAUGGUCCAAACAUAAAUACACCCAAUGUCAACCUCAAAGGUCCUAAAGCAGAUCUUGAUCUAGAUAUUUCUGGUCCAUCUGGCAAGUUUAAAAAGCCAAACCUGAAUCUGCCUGAUUUAGGUCUUUCUGGUCCAAAGUUAGAAGGCCCUAACUUGGACCUUAAAACACAUGACCUAGAUAUCUCUGGUCCCAAUUUCAGUGGUGGAAUAAAUGCACCUGACAUAAACAUGCCAAACAUUGACCUCAAAGCCCCAAAGCUGAAAAUGGAUAAACCAAAUGCCAACUGGGACUUGCCAUCGGGUAAAGUUAAAAUGCCAGAACUUCAUGGUCCAGAUUGGGAUGUUAAUGCUCCUUCUGGGAAAUUAAAAAUGCCUAAAUUUAAUCUGUCAGGGACACUGCCUAAAGGACCAAAUUUGGACCUAAACACAGCUCUGAAGUCACCAGAUCUCAAUCUAAAAGCUCCAAAGAUAAAGGGUGGAAUUGAUGCACCUGAUAUGGACUUACCAGACAUGGAUCUUAAAGCUCCCAAAUUAGAUAUGAACACUCCAGAUGUCAACAUUGGCUCACCAAAAGGGAAGCUGAAAUUCCCUAAAAUGAAAAUGCCUAAAUUCAACCUUCCAAGCCUUAAAGGUCCUGAAAUUGAUGGCAACUUGGAUGGUCCAAACAUAAAUACACCCAAUGUCAACCUCAAAGGUCCUAAAGCAGAUCUUGAUCUAGAUAUUUCUGGUCCAUCUGGCAAGUUUAAAAAGCCAAACCUGAAUCUGCCUGAUUUAGGUCUUUCUGGUCCAAAGUUAGAAGGCCCAGAUCUCAAUCUAAAAGCUCCAAAGAUAAAGGGUGGAAUUGAUGCACCUGAUAUGGACUUACCAGACAUGGAUCUUAAAGCUCCCAAAUUAGAUAUCAACACUCCAGAUAUCAACACUGGCACACCAAAAGGGAAGCUGAAAAUGCCAAAACUGAAAAUGUCUAAGAGUAAUCUACCAAAUGUUAAAGGACCUGAGUUUGAUGGCACUUUUGACGGCUCCAACAUUGACCUCAGGGCACCAAAUGCCAACUUCAAAGGUUCCAAAACUGGCUUAGAAAUUCCUGAUGUUGAUUUUGGUAGCCCAUCAGGAAAGUUAAAAUCUCCAAAUUUAAAAUUACCUGAUGUGGGAUUUUCUCGACCAAAAUUAGAUGGGCCAGACUUUGAACAAAAUUUGAAAGUCAAAGGUCCAAAAGUGAAAGGUGGACUUAAUGAACCUAAUCUACCUUCAUCAAAUAUAGACUUUAAAGGUUCUAAAAAUGGCUUUGACUUCCCUGAUGUUGAUUUUGGUAGCCCUUCAGGGAAAUUUAAAACACCACAUUUGAAAAUGCUUGAUUUGGGAUUUUCUGCACCAAAAACAGAUCUCCCAAAGGUUGACCUCAAUUCACCAGAUGUCAGAGCUAAAGUACCAAAAGGCCCAAAUUUGAAAUUAAAUUCAAAUCUAAAAACUCCAGAUCUGAAUCUCAAAGCUCCAAAGAUGAAAGGUGGACUUGAUGUGACUAAGGUAGACUUACCAAACAUGGAUCUCAAAGCUCCCAACUUGGAAAUGGACACUGCAGAUGUUGACAUUGGUUUGCCUGAGGCAACUUUAGAUGUUACUGGUGCAAAAGGAAAAUUUAAAAUCCCAAGUUUAAAUACACCAGAUCUCAGUAUCUCUGGACCACAGGCAAAAACACCACAUAUGAGACUUUCUGGACCUGGCGUUAGUAUGUCAGAUUUCAAUUUACCUGAUGCCAAUUUCAAGAGUCCCAAGCUCAAUACAAAACACCCUGAUGUAGGGAUUAAUGGUAACAUGGGACAACCUAGGAUGGACUUUAAUGGCCCUCAGUUAAGAGGCAUAAGAGGUCCAGAUGUUGACACAAAUAUUCCCUUAGGAAACAUCCAUGGCCCUCAUGCUGAUCUUGAUUUAGACAGAAAAUUAAAACAACCAUAUUUCAAGCCGCCUCAGUUUAGAAGCCCAGAUUUACAUCAAGCAUCUGAUAUUGACUUUGGUGGAGCUUUGAGACCAACAAAUCUUGAUAUUAAUCCUCCAAAUGCAAAACUGAAUAUGAAACAACCCCAGAUGAAGGGACAUAUAUCAAGACCAAGGGUUAGUGCUCCAAACAUGAACCUCAACAUGCCCAAAGUUGCAAUGCACCCUCCACAGCAGCAUCUGAGAUCUCCAGGUCUUAGUAUUGAUGAUCCUUCAUUGUAUUUUCAAACACCUUCACAUAAACAUCACACACAAGAUAUGUCAAAUCUCACCAUGAAACUUCCUGACCUGGACAUAGAUGGUGAUAUCAGACUUCGUAAUACUGAUAGAAGGUCCCAUAGAACCAAAGUAAGAUCCAGCUUCCCUGGAAUGGAUGGCGUUUUCCACCAACAUAUUGAUUUAAAUCAUUCAGAUCUCAAUAUUGACGACUUUACAGGAAAACAUCAUGUGCUUAGAGCUAGAGGUUCCAACCUUAAUCUCCAGGCUCCACACAGCCAUGGACACGCAAUCUCCCCAUCUGGAGUUAACACUGGCAUGAGGGACCCCAGAAGAAUCCCAUCUGGCCAUAUCAAACACAAUACACGUUUGCCACAAUUUUCUCCAGAUUCAAGAAUGAGAGCAUCUAACACUUCAGAUGGAUACUAUGUGACUGUUUUUCCCAAUCAAGCACAAAAUCAAAAGAGGCCAAAUCGUAAAUAUAACACACUUGGAGGGCUUGACUUUCAUCCAGGAAACUUGGACCUUGAAGUUCCCAAUGAACAUGACCUAAGAGGGUCAACGUUCUUUUUCUCCAACCUUGUAUAGCUUUCAAAGGACUUGUGUUUCCAUUUUUAAUGUGCUUUUUGUACUGUAGUUAUAUGUUUUAUGUGUGUGUGUGUGUGUGUGUGUGUGUGUGUGUGUGUGUGUGUGUGUGUGUGUGUAUAUAUAUAUCGUGGCUUUGCAAUGAUGUUACCUAGAUUACAGUGCAGCAUUAUUGCUCUUAUUUUAUUAAAUGUAGUAGAACUGCUUUUUGUAUCAUAAAUGUUUUUAUAUUUUUUAACAGUUAUUAUUUACAUUUUCUCUAACUAUUAUAUUAAAGGAAUAAAGGAAAUAUGUGGACUUGUGGGGUCCUAUAGGGUACUUUUACAAGAUUAAAUGAAUACAUUUUCUUUAGAUACUAUAUUUUUAAAUACUAUCCGUUGAAUUGCACAGUAUUCAAAGUUGUGUAUAUAUAUUAUCAUUCUGGUUCUUUUGGAUGUUCAUUGUGUCUAUUAUACAUGUUUAUAUACUGGAGUUUAUUAAAAACCAUUCUUAUUUCAACCAAA